AUGCUCUCAAAUGUCACCACCCUCUCAGACGAUGAGCCUUCCCACGAGAUUGUUCCAGCUAGUGCGCCAGCAUGCGCGCUGAAUCUAGAAGAUGCUGUUUGCAGGGAACGACCUUGCCGGAAGCGCAAGCUUUCUCCUGAGGAGCUUAGGUUGGCAGAGCGUGACAUCAAAAAAAAUGUUCAAACAGUUGUUUUCUCGACAUGCAGAUGCUCCAGAAAAGGUCGGAAGGCUACUAAGACCAACUGCUUUCAACCGUUCCGCGAAUCAGACAAGUUGGAGCAAAUUUGCAAGCUACGGUCAACAUUGCGCAGCAUGCACAAAGCAGAUGCAGACCAAACAGUGUACAACCUCUUGGCAAGUCGCCACGCGCUGAGCGAAGCGAGUGGUGCCGAAAUCAUGGUUGCAAGUUGGGAUGCGCGGAGCAUUCCUCAAGGGCACGGGGGGGGCCUGGUGCCCCCCAUGUGUUUUCCUUUCAGCGCGCCAGUGAUCUUUGCAAUGAAGGCCACAACCUUGAUGUUGUGGACAGCCAAUUUUGGCGCAGGCGGCAGUUGGCUUCAGAUCACCCAGACAAUGUCAUUUUGCGGACCAAACAGUACAUAUCGGACCCUCACUACAAGGACCAUUGGUUGCUGUACAUGCCUGCUUGCGUGGCAGCUGCAAUGGCGGCCUCGCAACCUGAAGGCGUGCCAGUGGCUAAUUCAUCUUGUCCAAGCAGCCUGA